UAAUUUUGGUAUCGUGACAACACUACUCUAUUAAAUUACUGCUAAUGAGGGGUUGAGCGAGUGCUCGGCUGAAACGAGUAUCCGGUAUAAGUAAUGCACUUUUUAGUACCGAACGAGUAAAUUGUGGCAAUAUCCGUAAAAUAAAGCAACUUGUAUGAAAAUUUAAAAAAAAAACUUGACGAGUAACUAGCUCUCUUACUCUUAUGAUCAGAAACAUUGCUCUAAAGCCUAAUGUUGUAAAUAGUUUUCCAAUAAAUAUAAAAACUCACAAAAAAGUGGAACAAAGCUCUCUGUUGGCUCCUAAACAUGCAUACCUCACAUGCAUCAGAACCACUUCACUUAGAUGUUGCACUACAGCAACAGCAACUUAUUUCAAGUCAUUUUACCUAGCAGAUAAUUGUAAAACACACUUAAAACUGGGUAGAAAAAAAAAACUGUCUUUUGUAGUCUUGCCAACAAUCACCAACUCUGGUUUGGUCAAAAUAAAUCCUUAAUUCAGGAGUUAGAUAAGAAAAUAGCUAUGAAACUGGCUGACAUGUAACAUUAGCUAAUCCUUGGCAACAAAUGCGCCUGUCAAAGUACGUCCACUAAAAGUGCUUGUUUUUGCCACUGACAGUGUCUGACAGUAUUAUGUAAAGGAUCCCUACAGAGAUAGACCUUUUGUUUACCCAGAAAAGGUCGUAAUAGGGCGUCCUGAUGGAUCACCUGGGCGUGUGACAGGAUGUAUUUGUGGAUAUAGUUUCAGAAGUUAUUUAUGUAAAAGUUGCAUACCUUAAACCUGCAUUAAGUAACUUUUAUAGAACUUAACUUAUUGUCAUAUUUGCUGAAACUUUCACUAUAUAACAGUACAUGAGACUACUGUCAGGGUGUGGUGAAUAUAGUGAAACUUUAUUUUUAUAAAAUGACCUACUGCAGCUUUAAUUAAGAGCUCAGCUGUUUUGAUACUUUGAUAACAAAAUGAUCAUAUUGCACAAAAGUAGUCACAUAUCCAACUUUAAAAGCCAUGACUCUGCAGCAGUCACACAGAUAUUUUCUGUACUUGAGACUUUUAGAGACUAUAAUUUAAAGAUGUAUCUGCUUUCCUUUUCUCAUUCUUAUACACAAAAUCAUAGUAAAAAGGAAUUGUUGAUAAGAAUGUUGAAUUAGAAUAGAAAGUAGGAGUCGGUCAAAUGAAACGAGUCUCUAACAGUGAGUUUAAGAUGUGGUUAUAGAAUAUAUGUCUUUUUGGCUUUCAUAGAUACGCCUAGCGGUAGGUCGGAGAAUUAUAUCACAGUUCGGUGUAUUUGUGUGUGUGUGUGUGUCAGGUCUACUAGCAUCAGUACCAACGAUCCAAGAGGAGGCAGAGCCACCAAUGACCGAUGAGUCCCAGACCAGCAGUGGCCCUGACUCUCCUCCCAGAGGUCCUGAUGACGAUGAAGCAGCUGGCUGCUCUACAGCUCCUGAUUCGUCCACCGUCUGCACUUCCUACGCACCACAACCAGACCUGGAGGACCAAGCACACGAUUACCCAUCCCAAACACCCUGCGCCUCCUCCGGCUCACACGCACAGCCCUCUGCAGCCAUAACAUCUACAUCUGCCAGCCAUCCUCCAUCCACAGCAGCUCCACCCUCCCCAGCCCAGAGCCCUCUGUCAAGGUCCAAACCCUCCUCCCCUUCCUCUUCAUCUCCGAGUCCGGCAACGACCCCGACCUCCUCCUCCUCCUCCCUGGGGCCGAGGAGGAAAGGCCUCACGCGCAAGUUCCGGCGCAGCCAGAGGCAACGAGGGCGACAGAGCUGCACUCCAGCAGCCAGAGAGGGAGACCGGAGAUCAGAGGAGGAGAGGAUGGAGGAGGACGUUGAGCAGGAGGAGGAGAGAAUGGAGGAGGAGGCUUGUGGAGAGACAGUAGGACAUCAGCAGUGACACAAGGGGGAGUUCAGAAGAACAGUCCUCAAACAUCCACACUGACGGCUGGACUCAUAAAGACAUGAAACAGGCUUCUGGAUUUGUGGACAACAUAAAUAAAUAUAUAAAAGCAUGCAUACAACACAAGUGGAAGCAGUACAGAAGCAUUUUACUCACAUUUACUCCUGUCUUAAAAAAAAGAAAAUACUACAAGCAUUUAAAUAAGAAAAAGUAAAUGACCAAUUUUUAGAACAGAACCAGUCCAGAAUUACUGUAAAUGAUUCAAACAUGAGUCAUAUUUGAAGACAUGGAUCAGAUUAUAAUCCUAAAAAGUAUUUAAAAUGAGUAAUGAGUAAUUUUCUCUUGUACCAUUUCAUCUCACAGACACAGACACACAGCUAAUAAGGAACAUAAUGCACUACAACUCUUAGACACCUAAUCCACAUUGAACCUGUACAAUGCAGUGUGGCCGUCCGCACUAGCACCUCUCUGCUUGUCCUGUUGCUUCUGCGAAUGUCCUCUCCUUAGAAACAAGGUAGUGCAGAAGCCUGAAUGUCACCUGCCCCCAAACACACUGUCCCGUCUCCACACCAGACUGUCUAUGUGUCUCUGCUUUGGGAAAGAGGCAUUUGAUAAAGCAGUGUAUUUUGACAUUUUGCAGUAAUGAUUUUGCAUAAAUGUGAUUUGUGAGAUUUAAUAAGUUGUUGGUGACAACCGAGAAACAGAGUGACUGGGUCCUGGCCAGGCCAAAAACUGACUUCAGACUGACCUUGAGUGAAAUGUAUUAAACAUCCAGUUAUAUUGUAGCUCCCUUCACUGUACAGUUGUGGACAUUUUGGGCCUGCUUUAGGAGGCACUAAUUUUAUAUUCAGAUGGGAAAACGGUCUGGUCCCAGGGGAAGAAAGAUCAUUGCUGAUUUUACUUGGGACAUUCUCCUGAUUUCACUACCUUAAAAUGAAAAGAUACACUACAGAACAUGAUUAAAACUCUACAGCCUGGCAUCCCCAGACUAAUUCACAAAUGUGAAUUCUAUCUGCCUGAGCAAAUUAAAUAUUAGCUUACAGAUCGGUUGGGUUCCUAGGCUGGAAACAAUACAUUUCAUAUGUAAAUGAAAGAUGUGAAUGUCUGAUUUUUUUGCUAGCAGCAGAGAAGAUGUGAAUUAGUGAAAGGGAACAUAACAUUUUUGUAGUCCAUCUCUCUAAAUCAUAAAUUCCCUGUCUGUUUAGGAGGGUCACACAUCUUCUAAAGGUAUAGAACAUCUCUAAUUGAAACCUUUUGAAUUAAGAGGCAAGGGCUACACCUUGUGUAUAUGAACAGCUUUACUCUUAAAAACACCCACGAGUUUUUGCAUUUGCCAUAUUUUUCUCUGGCGAUCGAAAAUCCUGCUUGUGUGGAAUGAAUGUAGAGGAAAAAAACUGCCGUGUUGUUCUCCCCAUACACAAUAUUUAUCAGAGUUUGUAUAUGAAAUAUGUAAAACCAUAACCUGUCUGUUUUACUAAUGGUCUGAUUUAAAGGGGGUUUCACAAAGACUUGUACCUUGGAUGUUUCUUACCAAAAGUGUCCACCGGAGGGUAGUAGAUACAGUAAACUCUGCACAUCGUCAGUAAACUUUUGAGAUUUAUCAGUUGCAAGUUGUACACGCACUACAGCUAAAGAUUAUUUUGAUCAAAUUUGAACCUGAUUGUUAUUCUGGAUUCAUCAACUAAUAAUUGUUCUGUAAAAUGUCACCAAACUAUUUCUCACAGUCCUAGGUGUCUUUAAAUGCUUUGUUUUGCCACAAAAACAAUUAGAUUUAGUUUACGAAGCAGUAAACCCUCACACCUGAAAAGCUAUUUGUUUGGCAUGUAUUGCUUGAUAAAUUACCAAAACAAUUCCUACAUCAUCUAAAAGAUUCUUAGAUACAUUUUCUAUUAAUCAAAGAAUAACAUGGACUGUACUGUCCAGUUUAACUUCUGGAUCCCAAAACUUUCAGAAGUUCUACAAAUUCACUCCUGAUUUAACUGGUUUAAAGUUGCAGUAGGUGAUUUAAAAACAUUUUUUUUUUUUUCAUAUUUGCUGAAAUUUUCUUCUACUCCUAGAGCUCCUAAUGGCAUUUGUAAGAAUCCACUGGGCAAAAGCGACCAAUCAGAGCCAAGGAAAUUCGUUGAAUGUUAAGUCUCAUUCCUGGGUUGUUAAAUACAGACACUUUGGGAAUGAGACUCAACAAACAACUAUCUUUCUCUGCUCUGAUUGGUUGUUUCCAUUAAGGCCCAUUGGAUUCUUGCAAAUGCCAUUAGGAGUAAAAUAUUAUUUUUUAUAAAAGUUACCUAUUGCAGCUUUAAUAAACAGAAACAAAAUUGCCUAAAAUAUUUGCCUUAUUUUCUGAUUACAUUACCAAAUAAAGGUUAUCUUGAAUUUAUACUUUUUUACAAAAAAGAAAUGGAUUUAAAGGAACAAUGUGUAGGAUUUAGUGGCAUUGAACGGCCCUAUCUAGAGCCUGUGUUUGUUUUGUCCCUUCUGGGCUACUGUAGAAACAUGGCGGACUGUGUAGAAGAGGACCCGCUCCCUCUGUAAAUAAAAACAGCUCAUUCUUAGGUCACAUAAGCACAACUAUUCUUAUAUUCAGGUGAUUAUACACUAAUGGAAACGUAGCUAUGAAUAUUAUAUUUCAUUUCUGACCAUAGAUCCUCCUGAAUGUUACACACUGGCCCUAUAAAUCAUCAGGUUAUUUCUGGAGGAACCAUGCACUCUUUUUCUUUUUGCAUUAGAAUAUUUUUGAAAGUGACAAUCUGUGGUCAUUCCAUCCUAAACAAUUUGUUUGAACCCUGCGCAGAAUAAGCAAGCCAUAGUAGCAGUUCGACUUUGUGAAACCCCCUCGGUGUUGCCUGGAAGGGUGGAAGUUCCCCCAAAGAGGGAUCAUGGAUUGUUAAGAGACAAAACUCGCAGCCUGUGCAGGUGUGGUACUGUUCGUGUUAAAGACAAGUGGGAACUGUGAAUGAGAGGUAAAAAGACGAAUCAGCCGGUGGAGUUGAGCCUCCUGGGGCUAACCAGAAGAGCUCACAGUUCCCACUAAUCCUGAACACAACAAAAGCCCUGAUCAGAUGCUUGUGUUUUGCUGCACAUUCCAACUAACAGCAGUACGAUGCUCUGCAGGGCCAGAGGUCUGUCUGAGAACUGUAGGCUACGUGGAUAUUUAUUUGUUUUGUAUUGUACAAAAAGAGUUUAUUUUCAUUAAAAUUGCUGAAGGAAUUGUGAUUGAA